CCCUAUUUCUCAAUGAACAUGUGUUUUUUCAAUUCUAACAUUCAGUGUUUUGAGUAAAAUCAAAAUAAAACUUAAUUUUGAGAAAUUUUACGGAGUACAGUAAAUUUUGCUAUAUUUAUUUAAUAUUAAGCUAUAUUUUUGAAAAAAAAAGAAAAAGAAAAUGUCGUUAGAACCUGAUAUUGCAAAAGAAGCUGUUCUUAAACGUAGUGAAAAUAUACCAGAAGGUACAUCAAUUGUAAAGGGAUAUGAUUGGAAUCAAGGAAUUGAUUAUUCCAAAUUAUUGCAAUCGUAUGUUAAUACUGGCUUUCAGGCCACGAAUCUUGGUUUGGCAAUAAAGGAGAUAAAUAAAAUGCUUGAUUGCCGGCAAGAGCCUGUCAAACCGGAAGAGGAGGAUGCGCACGAAUCAGACGAAUUUAUUAAACGGAAGCACCGCUGUACAAUUUUUCUCGGAUUUACUUCUAAUUUAGUAUCGUCGGGCUUACGUGAAACAUUACGUUUUCUUGUUGAACAUAAAAUGGUGGACUGCGUGGUAACCACUGCAGGAGGAAUUGAGGAGGACUUUAUUAAAUGUCUUGCGCCUACAUACAUGGGUUCAUUUGAAUUACCUGGACGAGAUUUACGAGAUCGUGGAAUAAAUCGUAUUGGUAACUUACUUGUGCCCAACGAUAAUUAUUGCAAAUUUGAAGAUUGGUUGAUGCCCCUAUUAAAUGAAAUGGUUGAAGAGCAGAAAACUGGGAGUAUAGUUUGGUCUCCAUCACUCAUUAUUCAUCGGCUUGGUGAACGGAUCAAUGAUCCCAGUUCAAUAUAUUACUGGGCUGCAAAAAACAAGAUUCCGGUGUUUUGUCCGGCACUUACCGAUGGCAGCCUAGGUGACAUGAUGUAUUUUCACUCGUUCAGACACCCCGGCUUAGUAGUGGAUAUUUUGUCGGAUUUGCGGCGUUUGAACACAAUGUCUGUAAAAGCAAUUAAAAGUGGAAUGAUUAUAAUAGGUGGCGGAAUAAUAAAACAUCAUAUUUGCAAUGCGAAUUUGAUGAGAAAUGGAGCCGACUUUUCCGUUUUUAUUAACACUGCUUCUGAAUUUGAUGGCAGCGACAGUGGCGCUCGGCCGGAUGAGGCUAUUUCUUGGGGAAAGAUACGUAAAGAUGCUACACCUGUAAAAGUAUAUGCUGAGGCUAGUUUAGUUGUGCCAUUGAUCGUUGGAGAAACUUUCGUUAAAAGGUAUUUUGAAGAAAAAAGUAAGAAUACGAAUAAAAAUAAAGAUAUAGCCAAUAAAGAAGAUCAAUUUUAACAAAAACUUGAAUAGACAGAUAUCAGUUCCGGUAUAAAUGUACAACAAAAGCAAUUUCGAAAUGCGUAUAUAGCA